GGAAUGGAACUGAGGGUUGAGGCAGAAUCACCAACCAGUGUGCCAUUUAUCUUAUGUUAAAUUAGCCAUUUAUUUUACAACAUUUAACUAAAUUCUUUAUAUCAUUUCAGGCUUACAUGAGAAUUUCAGUUUCUCUCCAUCUCCAUCUGCUCAAACGUCUCAUCCCUGCAAACUGCAACACAAACAGAAGGAGAAAAUGAAGAAAUCAAAAAGAGAAUCAAGAAUUUUGAUGGCUGCCUCUAUGCCCUGCAGUUCUGUUUCUGUGAGAGAAGCCAUCAACACUAAUCAACAACAAGGGCCUAACUCGGAUCAAGAGGCUUUGUGUGCUGGCCAGGAGUGUAAACAACACAAAUCUGAAUUUAAAAGUGUCGAUUCGUUUCAUGUAUCGCCGUAUUGCUGUUCUGAGUGUGGCAAACAAUUCCUGCAUAAGUGCAGUCUUACAGUUCAUAUAAGAAAACACACUGGAGAAAAACCUCAUUGCUGCUCUGAAUGUGGGAAACGAUUUUAUGACAGUUACAAGCUCCAAACGCACACAAGAAUCCACACUGGAGAAAAGCCCUAUGGCUGUGCUGAAUGUGGCAAACGAUUCAUUCAAAGUAGCCAUCUUCAGGCACACGCAAGGAUUCACACAGGAGAAAAACCUCAUUGCUGCUCUGAAUGUGGAAAACGAUUUUCUGACCGUUACAAUCUCCAAACCCACACAAGAAUCCACACUGGAGAAAAGCCGUAUAGCUGUGCAGAGUGUGGAAAAUUGUUCAAAAAAAGCAGCCACCUUCAGAGACACAAAAGAGUUCAUACUGGAGAAAAUCCAUAUGUUUGUUCUGAAUGUGGGAAAAGAUUUUCUGACCAUCACAGACUCCAAACACACACAAGGAUCCACACUGGAGAAAAGCCGUACAGGUGUGCAGAAUGUGGAAAAUUAUUCAUUGAAAGUAGUCACCUUCAGAGACAUACGAGAGUUCAUACUGGAGAAAAGCCAUAUGUCUGUGCUGAAUGUGGAAAAAGAUUCGCUGACAGUGGCAGUCUUCUUCUACACACACGAAUUCAUGCUGGAGAGAAGCCAUUUUGCUGUCCAAAAUGUGGAAAAAGAUUCCUCCAAAAUGGCGGUCUUCAGACACACUUAAGAAUUCAUACCGGAGAAAAACCUUAUUGGUGCUCUGAAUGUGGCAAGCAAUUUUCUGACAGACGUAGUUUUCGAAGACAUACAAGAAUCCACACAGGAGGAAAAUGUGGCUAAGUGUGGCAAACAAUUCACUGACCGUAGCCAUUUUCAGAGACACCCGAGUUUUUCCUGGAGUUCAUAGUGAAAACAACAGAAACAGUGCCAGAUGCGCUGGAUCACAGGACUAAUAAAGAGAAGCUUUCUGGCCCAUAUUGACAUCCUGCCAAUUAGCAUUAAGUCCAUAUGAAUUGCAAAAGAAAGCAUAAUUAGGAUCAAUGAAGGUUCUACACAGAGCCCUCGCCGCAAACUUAAAGGAUCUUAAUACAUAAUUCGCC